UCUCUCUCAACAACAGCAUCAUCUCUUACCAUGGCAGAAACCCAGGAAGAUCGUCCUGUCAUCACUCUUCUACCUAGUCCAGGGAUGGGUCAUCUCAUCCCCCUCGCCGAGUUUGCCAAGAAGCUCGUCCAAUACCACAACUUCUCUGUCACCUUCAUUUUCCCAACAGAUGGUCCACUCUCAUCAGCUCAAAAAACUGUUUUAGAAUCUCUCCCCACAUCCAUAAACUUCAUGACCCUCCCUCCCGUGAACUUCGAUGACCUCCCCAAAGAUGUGAAGAUCGAGACCCGUAUCUCACUCACUGUGACUCGUUCCAUUCCUUCUCUCCGCGAAGCAUUCAAGGUCUUAACAGCCACUCAUCGUGUUUCUGCUUUGGUUAUUGAUCUCUUCGGUACAGAUGCCUUCGAUGUUGCCAAGGAAUUCAAUGUUUCUCCUUAUAUCUUUUACCCUACCACAGCUAUGUGUUUGUCUCUGUUCCUCCAUUUACCUAAACUCGAUGAGAUGUACUCUUGUGAGUAUAGAGACAUGCCUGAACUGCUCGAGUUGCCAGGGUGUGUGCCUAUUCAUGGAGGAGAGCUGUUGGACCCUUCCCAAGACAAGAAAAAUGAUGCCUAUAAAUGGCUUCUACACAAUUGCAGGCGUUACAGAGAGGCUGAAGGCAUUUUGAUAAACAGCUUUGUGGGCUUGGAAUCAGGUGCUAUCAAGGGUUUCAAAGGUGCAGACUCAACAGUACCGCCGGUCUACCCAAUUGGACCCCUGAUUCAGAAUGGUACGAGGGAGUCGGCCGAGGGCGUCGUAGGUUCGGAGUGUUUGAAGUGGUUGGACGAUCAGCCAAGUGGGUCUGUUAUAUUUGUUUCUUUUGGGAGUGGUGGAGUCCUCUCGCCGGAGCAACAAAUUGAAUUGGCCUUCGGAUUGGAAUUGAGUGAACAGAAGUUCUUGUGGGUUACAAGGAGUCCAACUCGGGUAGCAAACGCCACUUAUUUCACUGCCAAAAGCAUCGAUGACCCAAUGGCAUUCUUGCCUGAUGGGUUCUUGGAAAGGACCAAAGGGCAAGGUUUGGUGCUUCCAUCAUGGGCCCCACAGAUCCAAGUGCUGAGUCAUGAUUCGACCGGUGGGUUCCUCAGCCAUUGCGGCUGGAACUCGACCUUAGAGAGUGUGGUACAAGGUGUACCUAUGAUCACAUGGCCACUCUUUGCCGAACAGAAAAUGAAUGCAAAGAUUUUAGUGGAUGGUCUGAAGGUUGCACUGAGGCCCAAACCGGCGGAGGAUGCACUAAUUGGGCGAGUGGAGAUCGCGAGGAUGAUGAAAGGCCUGAUUGAAGGUGAAGAAGGGAAGAUGAUAAGGAAUAGAAUGAGAGUACUCAAAGAGGCAGCUUCUAUGGUCCUGAGUGAAGAUGGGUCUUCAACAAAGUCAUUAUCAGAAGUUGCCAACAAAUGGAAGGCCAAAGUAAGCACGUGAAGAUUUUGGGUGUGUGUGUUUUGUUUUGGUUUUUUUUCUUUUCUUUCGGAUUUAUUGUUCUUCCUCUACGGUCUUAGUGGGGGUACUUGGGGCUAUUCUAUAUAGACUCUGUACACUGAAGUUGAUGCUA